AGAUCCCCGACCAGUUCUCCGUCGCCCGCCCAGCCCAGGAACAUCUAUGAACACGCACGAGCGCAUCCCCAUCCAAACUCCCCAAGAAAAAUUACACCAAACACAGACACCAAAAAAAAAGGCCACCACAACACACCAAUCGCGAAUCCGCCCGCUCAUUAUUCUCGUCAACAACAACAGCAGCAGCAGCAGCAUCGGAAAUCAGAAAGAAGUAAGGAGCGAAAUAAUAAAGUCGGAAGGAAGCAGCAGGAGGAGGAGAGGAGGAAAAAGGGUUUUUAUUAGCAUGGAACAACAGCAGCCAGCGAUCCAGAUCCUGGCCAACUCGGAUCGAGUGGCCUCCCGUGUUGCUCCUAAUCCUCCUCAUCCUGCUGCUGCUGCUAAUUUCCAAUCGCCGCAGCGUCUCCGUCCUUUUCCGCUUUCGCAUCACGCGAGGCCGCCCCGUUGUUCCGCUCCUGCGCCUGCUCUUCCUUGUUGUGUUUGUGGAAUUACUGCCCCGGAUCGCCGGUCCGGUUCGACUUUUCUUCCCCUCCUUCCGCCGGGCUAUUUAUCGCGGGAUUUGGCGAGGAGGAGUGCGGAGGAGGGUUAGGUUUUGUUUGUUUGUUUGGUUUGGUUUUCUUCUGUUCUGCGGUGUUUGGUUUCGCGUCGUCGGGGGUUGGCGAGUCGCCGAGUCUGGGUCUGGAUCGAUCGGACUCGGAGGGGAUGGAUUCCUCCGGGGAUGAGGGAGCCGGGGAGGCGCCGGGGAGCCCUGCCCCUGCGCCGUCGUCGCCACCCGCCGCCGCCGCUGCUGCUGGUGGUGGAGCCGGUGCCUCUGGAUUCAGGAGCAGGCCGACGGCGAAGCGCGUGAUGAAGACGCCCUACCAGUUGCAGGUUCUUGAGAAGACCUAUGCAGAUGAUCCGUAUCCGAACGAGACGACACGGGUGGAACUGGCUGCGAAGUUGGAACUGACGGACAGGCAGCUCCAGAUGUGGUUCUGCCACCGGCGGCUCAAGGACCGGAAGCAACCGGUGAAGCGGGAAGAGGAGGUUUCUGUGCCAGUCAUACCGUCGCCGUCUGUGCUGCAGCCGUCGGUGCCAAACAGCAAACUAGCGCGGGGCUCCGGUAGCACCUACAGUCAGCAGCUGCUGCCUUGCUCGCAGAGAGGCCGUGGCCGUGACCGCUCGUCGGCUGUCCCAAGGAUUUCUGCUACAGAGAUUGCGAGGAGAUACUAUGAGCCACAUCAAGUUAUGCUGCCUCCGCUGGCAGCAGUGCAACCCAUGCAAGGAGCACACCAGAUGAUUGAUUAUGUCCAAGAGCUGAUAGGGGAGCAACUGAGGGAGGAUGGGCCAGUGCUUGGUGUGCACUUCGAUCCGCUUCCUCCUGGUGCAUUUGGGACACCUAUUGGUGCUGGAGCAGUUCAAGAGCAGCGGAAGCAGCCUUUUCGAUCUUAUGAGACCAAGGCAUCAGAAUUCUUGCCUACCAUAGACCCUUCUGUUCCAAGUACAGUUACUCGGAAGCGGAAGUCCAUGGAUGGAAAUUCUCCUCAUCUUGGUUCACGAGCAGUACGUCAGUACCAGUUUCUUCCGGAGCAGCCAAGCGUGUAUGAGAGGCCAAGCCAGCAGCGCUUUCAUGAUGCUCCAACGGAAGCUUCAAAUUUGAGGAUAUCUUCUGUGUCUACAGGAUCACGCUUUCUCCAUGGUGCUGAGCAUGAACCUAGCUACGCAUUUCAUGGUCAAAUAUCUGGUCCUAGCCAUUUAAGUCAACAUGGAAAACCAUUGAUCUUCCCAUCCGGAUCCACAGACUAUGAGGCAGCUUCAUCUUAUAUUAAUGUUAGCGCUGCUCCAAUCGAAGGCCAGUUUGGCAUUCCACAAGUCGCUGGAUUUAAAACACCCCUUGCAUGUUCCGAAGGAGUGGAUUAUCGGUGUGAAGAUGUGUAUCGAUUGGAUAAAAAGCGCAAACAUAGCGAGGAAGCAAAGAUUGCAAAGGAAGUUGAUGUGCAUGAAAAACGAAUAAGAAAGGAGCUCGAAAAGCAAGAUGUAUUGAAUAGAAAGAGAGAAGAACAAAUGAGGAGGGAAAUGGAGAGACAUGGUCGUGAAAAAAAGAAAGAGGAGGAAAGGUUGAUGCGUGAAAAGCAGAGGGAAGAAGAGAGACUCCAAAAGGAGCAAUGGCGGGAACACAAGCGCAAGGAGAAGUUUUUGUUGAAACAGUCCUUGAGAGCUGAAAAACUAAGACAAAAAGAGGAGCUCCGGAAGGAGAAAGAAGCUGCAAGGCAAAAGGCUGCUAAUGAAAAGGCUACAGCACGUAGAAUUGCACGGGAAUACCUGGAACUCAUGGAAGAUGAGCGCUUAGAGCUAAUGGAACUGGUUUCACGGAGCAAAGGAUUGCCCUCAAUGCUUUCUCUUGAUAGUGAUACAUUGCAGCAACUUGAUUCAUUUAGAGGAAUGCUGACACAAUUUCCUGCUGAAGUUGUGAGACUGAAGAUACCAUUUUCAGUAAAACCGUGGAUAAGUUCUGAGAAUAACAUUGGAAGUCUUUUGAUGGUGUGGAAGUUCUUUUUUACCUUCGCCGAUAUUCUUGGGCUUCCAUCAUUUACACUCGAUGAGUUCAUGCAGUCUCUUCAUGAUUAUGACUCGAGGUUGUUGGCGGAAUUGCAUGUUGCUCUUCUAAAAUCCAUCAUAAAAGAUAUCGAGAAUGUUGCCCGGACUUCUUCAGAUGCUUUCGGUGUGAAUCAGAGCAGUUCUGCUAAUCCUGGAGGUGGACAUCCACAAAUUGUUGAAGGGGCAUAUGCUUGGGGAUUCAACAUACUUACCUGGCAGCGCCACUUGACUUAUCAUACAUGGCCUGAAAUAUUGCGCCAAUUUGGUUUAUCUGCUGGUUUUGGUCCCCAGUUAAAGAAAAGGAGCGUUGAAGAUGUAUAUUGCCAUGAUGAUAAUGAGGGCCGUACUAGCCAGGAUGUUAUUUCCACUCUACGAAAUGGUUCAGCAGCUCUGAAAUCUGCUGCUUUGAUGAAAGAAAGGGGGUAUACCAACCGCAGGUCUAGGCACCGUCUGACACCUGGAACGGUGAAAUUUGCUGCUUUCCAUGUAUUAUCACUUGAAGGAGACAAAGGACUCUCCAUACUGGAGGUUGCAGAAAAAAUUCAGAAAUCUGGACUGAGAGACCUUACGACAAGCAAGACACCUGAGGCAUCUAUAUCUGCUGCAUUGUCAAGGGACACAAAGCUUUUUGAAAGAACUGCACCCUCAACAUAUUGUGUUAAAGCUCCUUACAGAAAAGACCCAGCUGAUUCUGAGGCUGUAUUGUCAGCAGCACGGGAAAAGAUAAAGUUGUUUCAGAAUGCACUUUCAGAGUGUGAAGAAGUUGAAAAGGACGUUGAUGAUGCUGAUAGGGGGGAUGACGAUUCUGAAUGUGAUGAUGCUGAUGAUGAUCCUGAUGGCGAUGAAGUGAAUGUUGAGGAAAAGAAUGUCAAGGCUUCGGUAAUUAGAGCACACGAUGGUGGCAUACCAACUGUACCUUGUGACAUAAAUGAUGAACUAAAUACUUUGGGCAACACAUCAAUGCCAUCAAGCCCUCACAGUAGAUCUCAAAGUAACUCGUCGGGUAUGUUAGAUAAAGCAACUGCAGCAAGUACUUCAAGUGAUCCACCUAUUGGAGCUUCAUCUGCUUAUCAUGAGGUAGCAACGGACUCUGCACAAGACACAGAGAUUGAUGAAAGUAACCAAGGGGAAUCCUGGGUUGAGGGGCUAGCUGAUGGUGACUACUGUGAUCUUAGUGUCGAGGAACGCCUCAAUGCAUUGGUUGCACUGGUUAAUGUUGCCACUGAAGGAAAUUCGAUGCGUGCAAUUCUUGAGGAACGGCUUGAGGCUGCAAAUGCUUUGAAAAAGCAAAUGUGGGCAGAGUCACAACUUGAUAAAAGGCGUUCAAGGGAAGACUUUGCAGGCAAAAUUGAACAUGACUCUUGCAUGGGUUUGAAGGCCAUUGCUGAUCAGGAAAAUAGUGUUGGUGAAUGCAAUCUUCCUCCGGUACAGAACCUCAUUAAAGAGAAUGAUGGAAAGGCCAGCUCAGUAAACAAUGAUUUGCUUGUCGGCCAGCAUAGUCAGCUUAAUGCUGGUAAUAUGGUUCAUGAGGUGAAUGGUGUAAGCCGGGAAUCUAAUCCAGAGAGCCUGUCCGUUCAGCAAUAUGCUUCGUCUGACAAAACACGAUCACAGUUGAAGUCAUUCAUAGGUCACAAAGCAGAACAACUUUAUGUCUACAGAUCACUACCGCUGGGACAAGAUCGAAGACUGAAUCGGUAUUGGCAGUUUUCUACUUCUGCAUCACCUAAUGACCCUGGGUCUGGAAGAAUAUUUUUUGAAUCUAGAGAUGGAUACUGGAGGCUCAUUGACUCAGCUGAGGCAUUUGAUGCUUUAGUAGCUUCUCUUGAUACUCGUGGCAUCCGGGAAUCACAUCUGCAUUCAAUGUUACAAAGCAUUGAGUCAGCCUUUAAGGAUGCUAUAGGGAGGAGGAAGUGUGCUACUGUAGAACACCCAGCCGGAAGUAUUUUGAGAAAUGGAAGUAGUGAAAUCAUAAGCCCAAAUCAUAGUAAUGAAUUUGGAAGCCCAUGCAGCACCCUUUCAGGUGUUGUGUCUGAUAACACUAAGGUAUAUUCGGAUUCUUUCAAGAUAGAGCUUGGGUGCGAUGAUCUGGAGAAGGUUGCUAUUUUGAAAAGGGCUAGCAUGUUUCUGAAGUGGAUGUGGAGGGAGUGCAACAAUCACCAAUCCACAUGCGCCAUGAAAUAUGGAAAGAAACGGUGCUCUGAGUUGAUACAACAGUGUGAUUCUUGCUACCAGAUUUACUCAACUGAAGAAAUGCACUGUUCUUCUUGCCACAAGACAUUCAAAUCCGUUCACAGUCUCUCGGAACACGCAUCACAAUGUGACGAAAAAUGGAGAACAGAUCCUGAUUGGAAGAUGCAAAUUUCAGAUGAUUCUAUUCCCAUAAGACUGAGAUUGCUGAAGCUUCUGUUAGCUUCCAUUGAGGUCUCAAUUCCAGCCGAAGCUCUCCAACCAUUUUGGACGGAUGGAUAUAGAAAAUCAUGGGGUCUAAAGUUGUAUUCUACAUCAUCUACCAAAGAAGUUUUCCAGAUGUUAACUGUGCUGGAAGGUGCAAUAAGAAGGAAUUACUUGUCAUCUAACUUCAAAACAACAGCUGAGUUGCUAAAUUCCAUGGCACAAGAUAAUUCUAAUCAGAACUCUGUUGCACGUUCUGGAUCUGCUGAUGUACUUCCAUGGGUGCCCAACACUACUGCUGCAGUUACUUUACGAUUGUUAGACCUGGAUUCUGCCCUCUCAUGUACACUUGAUCAAAAGGCAGGAUUAAAUAAGGAGCAAGAGUGGGGAGACUUCCCCCCCGGUGAUUCCUCAAAAAAAAAAAAGGAGCAAGAAGCUGGGGAUUUCAUGAAGUUUCCACCAAGAUGUACUGCUGUAAAGAACAAACAAGAAAUGGAAUCAGUGGGAGCUACUGGUUUUGUUCAACGUGAUGAAGCAUGGCUGACUCCCAGCACUGGCCAUAGAGGCCGUGGACGGGGAGGUCGAGGGCGUGGCAGGGGAGGUAGAUCCCGUAGUCGUGGUGGCAGGGUCCCAAGAGGUAUUGGCAGCUCUCCCAAGAGUGAGUUAAGGGAUGACAACAAUGUGUCGUUGAAAGUCCCAUACAAGCAAGCUCCCCGAGGUAGAGGUCGUGGCCGCAGCCGUGGCCGUGGCCGUGGCCGCGGUUGCGGUCGCGGACUUCGAACUGUUAGGCCUAGGCAGCCAACUGAGCAUGGAUCCAGAUCAGUUCCAAAGGCAAACUUAUUGGGGUCCUUUGGCAUGCUAGGAAAUGCAAAGCCUACAACCGUGCCUUCUCCACAAAGUUCUGGCGCAGAAGAGUGGGGCUUGGAGAGACGAGCAUACAUUGAGGAUGAUGAAAACAAUUCAGUAUCUCAAUCGGAUGAAUCAGAAGAAGAGAAUGGUGAGCCCAUGAAUGAGGACUAUAAUGAGCAGCUUCCUGAUUAUUCAAAGGACAAUUCUGGGUCCAGCCCCCUUCAGAUGAUGGAUGAUGGGUCCGAAGAUGACGAAGAAGGUGAUGAAGAGGUUGAGGACGACGGGGUUGACUAUGAUGCUGAACACCCUAUUGAUGAAGACAACAAUGAUGCUGAGAUGAGUGGCAAUGAUGGACUCGGCAAUGAUGAGGAUGACGACGACGACGACGAUGCUGGUGGGGGUCAGGACGGAAUGGGGAACACUGAUGACAAUGAAGAUGGAACAUCCUAUUCUUCAGAGUUCAGUGAAUAAGAGAUGUCAGGAAGAACCGGUUCGAGGCCAUGAGUAAUUUCUAUUAUCUACAAAUUCGUCUCAAGUCAAGAGGCCAAAUGCUGAGCGAAGGAACUAUUGAAGAGGUAGCCGGGUGAUGGAAGUGGUUACAUUUGAUUGUGGGGCAACAAAUUAGCUUGCUUCCCGUUGAAUUAGAAGAUCAGCUUUGUAUAUACAUAUGCUACUUUUGCAGCUUAGGCCUGCCCUUUGUAGAUAUGGUGAGAUGUGUUUCAUCUGGGGCUCUGGGCCAGUAGAAAUGUUUUGAUGGUACCGAUUCUUCUGAACUUUCUUCAACAGUUGGGCUCACCCUUGCAGUCGAUCUUACCUUCCUAUCCA